GUCAUUUCAAAAUGGCAGCGCGCCUGACAUCUACACGUGAAGUGUUUACUGAAGGUGUAAGAGCUGUUUUGGAAACAUGGCCUGUGCUUCAAAUCGCUGUUGACAACGGCUUUGGAGGCGUUUACAGCCAGCAGAAAGCAGACUGGAUGGUGGAUGCUGUACAGCAGUAUUUCCACGAUAACAGUGAUCUGCAGCAAUAUGAAGUGGAGGACUUCAUAUCAGAGUUGAUGAAUAAUGAGUUUGAUACCGUGGUGGAUGAUGGAAGCUUACCUGGGGUGGCACAGCAGGUCUGUCAGAUGUUCAAGCAGUGUCAACAAGGUAAACCGGAGGAGGUGAAGAGUCAGAUAAGCCAGCUGGCCAAGAAGAAGAGUACGGGCAGGGUGAAGGCCACUGCUGGCAAAAGCCCAGAAGAGGAAGAAGAAAGUGAUGAUGAUGAUGGUCCAGAGGCAAUGGAGUGUGAGGGAGCAGCGCAGACGAGCUCGAGCCAUGCACCGCCCCGAGAGGCCAACCCCCCUGCCCCGCCCCCAGAUGAGGCGGAGGUCGACGACGGAUGGACGGUGGUGCGCAAGAAGAAGUGAUGUAGCAGCCUGGGCCUCAGAUGGCGCCCUCGAGGGGUCAACAACAACCACGGCAUGUGUGUGUCUGCCGGAAGUUUUCCUUCCUGGAUCCUGUCAUGUCACUUCUACCGUUAAAAGCCAUUUGACCUCUCUCUGCUGGGGUUAUCAGGCCAGCUCAGCUAACUCGCACACAUGAUGGGUGGAACUCCGUGACUUUAUAUACUUCCUGUUAUUUUUCUGUUACCUCCGGAAGCCAGAGAAGGGCAGCUGUUCCAUCAGUGGGACUAGGGGAAGCCUCUGGAAAAACUUGCAGAUUGAAUGUACAGUUCUCAACUAAUCCUUUAGCAUUUUAUUUCUCCAUCAUGAUGUGUGUCCAGAGAGCCUUUGUGUCAGAAGGAUGCUUCACAUCUCUGUGUGAUCAGGUUUUAUGGGAUGUUUGGUGAAGCCAGAGAGGCUUGAAAUAACUGGACUACCGACUGACUCCAGCCUGAUUCUGUGUGGUUGAAUUCCUUUGGGUGGAUUAAGGUGAUGAACCUUGUAGGGGGGAAAAUGCUUUUUAAAAAAUUAAAUUAUUCAACAUUUUUCAGUCCACUCUGCUUGGAAUUUGUCUAACUGAAGGAAAGUUAGAUGGUAAAAAUAAGCCGUAUUCUGUAAUCCUCUGAAAACCUUAUGCAGUUACAUCAUGAAAUCUAACAGAAUGCAAAAUAUGCAUUGCAGAUUAAAGUUGUUUGUAGGAUUAGCAGAUAACUUUAUUUGCCAGUGUUUUUCACACUAAAAUACUUUGCUUGGAAUAUUUCACCCUUUCCUCAGAACACAAAAAAUAUUUUUUUCACACUGCAUUCACAAAACCUCUGUCUCUCUGUGCUGUUUUCAGGUCUUACACAAAGCCAGUCCAAAAUAAAAACUCAUUUAUUACACACUACAUCCCAAACAAUGCAAAACAACACUGAGGGAACAUAGACCCAGAAUAAAGUUCAUCAUGGGUACUUUCAGCUCAGUUCUUGUCCAGGUGCUUAUCAAAUGAAUGUGAGGUGAAGUAGAUGGAAUUCACAGGGAGAAAAUGGUACACAGUGCAAGGAAGGACUCUAUGCACUUUGUUGUACCUGGAAUAAAUACCUACCUACUUACUGCACAUACUACACCCAGAGUAUUUUUUAUUGUGAUAGCUAGCUAGAUAGAUACUUUAUUGAUCCCUAAGGGGGAAUUAAAAUGAUGCAACAAAGAUAAUUUCCUUGCGAUGUAAUUGUCAGAAUGGCUGUGUAUCCUGAAAGGGUAUUGGCAGUAUUGUGUUGUGAGGUACUAUGUGAUGCCAACCUUUAUUCACAACUCACUAAUACAGGCAUGGUAAACAUCACAGUUGCACAAAUUUCAUCUGAAAUUACAGUACUGGUCCUGGUCAUUCUCUUCCUCAAACACGUUCUUCCUCAGUCCUCUGCCUCAUUUGGUUUACAUCCAUUGUUGGUAUUAAACUAAAAAUGAACCUGAGCCGCCAGUGUACUCAACUGGGGUUUACUGUUGCCAUUAUAGCAUCCACAAGUGUGAACUAUUUUGAGUUGUGUGUAAGCAAUGGUAUAUGUGCUUCACUUGUGUUUACUGUCUACCUCCUGUGGUGACCAUGACACAUCAAAAAUGCACCAUCAGAGUGAACAGUGUGUUUCAGUGACUGAAAGAGUACCUGCAAAUGUGUAAACAAAGUGUAAUUGAUCUGAGAACUAGAUCGAGGUCUCUGAGCAUUUGGUUCAGAGAAUGGGAUUUACGGAUUCACAAUUCAGAAACACAGUAUUUUGUUGCAAACAACAAUCAGCUGUGCUAUGAUGGCAAUACCAGAUUUCAAUAAACAAAACUA